GACAGUACAAUCAUUUUUAUUUAUAUUCAUCUCAAAACAAAUAGAGAAUUAUUUUCUUUAAUUUAAAAUUUUCGCAAUCGAAUUUAUAAUAAUACUAUACUCUCUCAUACUUUGUUUAAUUACUAUUUAUUCGUGGUUUGUUUCUACUGGCAUAUACCAGCACAGCAGAACAAUUAUGGUGUUUGCAAGUGAUCCAGAAAAUUUGUUUCCCGGCAGUGGUGACAAUGAUAGCAUGAAUGGUCAAGGAAUUGUGUCAGCCAUACACAAAUGUCAGUCUAAGGAUGCAAGAAAGCUCUGUAUCUAUGAUCCUGUAUACAAAAUAAAAACUUCAAAAAAAAAUUAUUAUGAUAUAGGUGGGACAUACACCAAUACAGAAUCUGAUCUCUGGUUUUACAUCACCACAUUGUCUUUCUCAGAGGAAAAAUAUUUAGUAAGUCUUUUCGUGUGCCAUAGAAAAAUUGGGAAUGCAGCAAUCACUGUUAAUUUCAAUGGCAUAACACAAAAACAAAUAUUAAAAAGUUUUCAUCCAAAUGAAAAUUAUCACUUAAAAACAUUCUGUCUGAACGAGGAAGACAUUCAAUUAUUGUUGUAUCGUAAUAUGUACAUAUAUGUCUCUAUAGAUAUCGAACCCAGCCAAUUAAUAGACAAUGAAAUUAUUAAAAGAAUUAAACUCCAACAGAAUCUGAGUGAGGGCCUCCUGAAACAAGCAAAGACUGAUUUCAUAUUAGAAUCAGCAAGUAAGAAGCGCUUUCCAACUCAUAAGAUUGUUGUGGCUGCCCACAGUCCUGUCCUUAGGGCAAAGAUAGGUUCAGGGGAGACAUCUGUUUUUAUUGAUCUCUCAGACGAAACUAUGGAGCUACUCUUAGAAUUCUUAUACAAGGGCACUAUCAGUAAUAUAAAGGAGCGAGAUUGUAUGCAACUACAAGAAGUUGCUGACAAUUUGAAGUUGGAGAAUUUGUUUUUGUUAACACAGUAUGCAUUUGGAAAACAGAUUAAAAAGGACAAUGCUAUCAAAAUAGCACAGUUAGCAAAGAAGUAUAACUUGGAGAAACUUUGGUCGGAAGUAUGUGUUUUCAUUAAAAAGAAUCCAGAAGUAAUGAACACAGAAGGCUGGAAAGCACUUACUGAUGUUGAAUUAGCCAAAGAGUUGUGCCAACAGUUUGUUAAGUAAUUUUACAACUGUGUAUAAUAAAAAUAUUAGGUAGAUAUUAAAAAAUAAUAUAAAACAAAAUAUUUAACCUCACAAAAGUACCUUAAUUUAUGUGAUGUAUAAUUACUUGGAUUGGCCUUAUUUAUAAUCUAUGGACUAUUCACACAGCGCCAUCUAGUCCCAAGUUAAGCUAGCUAAAGUUUGUGUUAUGGGUACUAGAUAACUGAUACAAAUACAUAGAUUUAUUUUUGUAAAUACAUACAUAUUACACAUAGAAAACACCCAGACAUACAAGCAAUCAUACUCAUGAGUUAUAUAUAUAUGAGUAAAUGUUUGUGCUGAAUCCUCAAAUGAAAGUAAGUUCAACCACAUUUACAUAAGGACCAAAAUAUUAUUUCUACAUCAUACAUUAUGUGAAAUUAAGAAACAAUUAGGAUUAAUGUCAAGAAAUACUGAAAGGCCUAUGGCCACACAGUAUUUCACAAUAAUUUAUUGAAUAAUCAUUAGAAAACUUACUAAAGUAUAUUUAUGUAUACAUUGUGUUGAUUGUUUUAAGUUAAAAUACCCUUCACAUACUGAUUGGGCCUCAGUAGAUUGUUAUGUGAUAUUAUCAUUAUAUUUGUAUUAAAAAUAAAUAAAGAAAUUAAAUUCAUA